AUGUAUUCUAACAAUCCACAACCAACUAUACCAGUCUCACCAUUAUCUGAGUUUUAUCAUUUUAAUCUGCUUAGUGAGUCGUCUCCUAUUUCUUUAGCGAGCAGAUUAUCCCCAGUAUCUUCAACUCAUGAAAAACAACAUCAAGAACAACAACUGACAACAUAUUAUAAUUCAUUUGAUGAAGAUUUUAAUAGAGUCUUAGGGUAUGGAUCUGUAUCUAUGAUUUCUUUCGAUAAAUCAGAUCCGUCAUCAACAACACAAACUUCGCCAUAUUCUGAUUUUGGUGAUUUCUUAGUUGAUGAAAAAUUCCUUAUAGCAAAACAAAAGCAAAAGCUUAAACCAAGAAAGAAACAAUCUAUUGCAAGAUCAAGAAGAGCAUGUUUAGGAUGUCGAACUAAGAAAUUAAAAUGUGAUGAAACUAAACCAUCUUGUUCAAGAUGUGUUGAAAAAGGAUUAUCUUGUAAUUAUACUUUACAACUACAAUUUAGAGAAGAUGUUGAAGCUAAGGGAAAAAGAUUUGGUAGGGAAGGUAUUAAUUCUUCUGGUAAUACUAAUAAAUUAACUACUGAUUUAUUGGUUAAAAAAGGAAUGAAUUCACAUUAUCAAUUAAUUAAAAAUAAAAAUAAUCUCAAGUUUAUUAAUUUUUUUGUUCAUGAUGUGAAUGAUAAAGAACCAGAAUAUCAUUUGAGUCAUUCGUUACAAUCAUCAAUAAUUCCCCAUGAUGUGAUUUAUGGAUCCGGUAUUAAAGAUGUUAAUGCGUUAGGAUAUGCUUUGAGUUAUUAUAUUGAUUUCAUUUCUCCAAUUUUAAGUCCAGUUGGUAAUAAUUCAAUAACUUAUCAACAAAUAGAAAAUAACCAAGCAAAAUCAAUAGUUAUUGAAAAAGGGUUAGACUUGUCUUCGUUAAUGAAAUAUUCCCAGAAAAACAAUGCUAUUUUCUUCCUUAUACUUUCAUUAGGAUCAAUGUAUUUAUCGAAAUUGAAUGAUAUUUCUGAAAGAGCAGGAUGGUUGAAUAAAGCCAGACAUUUUCAAGAUUUAGGCUUAGGUAAAAUCCAACCAGAAAUAGAGAGACUUAUCAGAGGUGUGGAUACAGAAAAACCAUUUGAUACUGAUUUAUUAGUUUGUUUGGUAUUAUUAAUAUUAUAUGAAUUUGCUAAUGAUUGUGAUAGAAAAUGGACAGUUUAUUUGAAAUUGUGUAAAAAAUUAUUAACUUCAAAAAAUUUCCAUAUUCCAAAAGAAAGUUUAGAAUAUUCAUUAUUGAAAUUUUGUCUUGAAUUUCUUGAUUAUCAAGAAUCCAUGGGUAGAACAGCAUGUAAAGAUGUCAACAUGUUUUUCCUUGAAUUAGAAGAACAAAAUGAAUCUGUCAUGACAAAUCAAGUUAGUUUAGUUAGUUGGAUGGGAUGUGAUAGACGAUUGAUUCCUAUUAUUUCUGAUAUAACUGAUUUAUCAUUUGAAAGAUUUAGAAAUUCCGUUAAAGAAACGGAUUAUUUAACAUUGAGUGAAGAUAUGUUACGUCGAAUUAAUGAAAUGAAAAUAACAUCAAUUGGCAAUAUAUCAACAGAGCCAGAAGAAGUCUGUUUCUUAUUGGCUUGUGAAGUUAAAAGAUUAUCUACUGAAUUAUAUCUUCAAUCAUGUCUAAUGUGUUUAACUCCUGAAGAUGAUACCAUUCAUGAUUUAGUUCAUGAAAUAUUUAAACAUUUGGAAUAUAUCAUAAUUAAAAACGAUCUCCCAUGGUCUAGUUUAAUUUGGCCGGUGUUUAUGGCAAGUUCUCAAAUAUCAUGUAUUGAUCCGAAAUGUGAAGAAUUGAGAUAUUUGGCAUUGUCCAUUUUGGAUAAAUUAGAUUGUAAUUCUUUGGGUAAUAUAGGUAAGACCAGAAAAAUCAUUGUUAAUAUUUGGAAGAAAAGAGAUAUGGCCAAUUCUGAUUUACAAAGUGUUGGUGUGGUUAAUAAAGAUUCAAGAAAGUUCAAGAGAAGAAAGAGAUUGAUGGGAUUUGUUAAUGAUUGGGAGAAAUUUGUCGUUGAAGAAGAUUAUGCUAUUGCAUUAGCUUAG